AUGCGAUGCGAUGCGAUGCGACAAAAAAAGAUGAAGUGCAAAGUGAUGAAUUAGUACGUAUGCGGAGACACAGUUUGAAGAAAUUCGAUAAAAAAAAUUAUCGCUUUCAAACUAACAAAUUCGGAACGUUUUGCAUCGCAUCAUUAUCAACUUGAACGAAAAAAGAAACCAAUCAAAACGAUGAAGCUAAAACAAUAACAAAAAUUUCAUCCAAGAAAAAGGUAUUCAAAGAAAAUAUCGUCGAAGGUGUGGUGUGAAAUUUAUACUAGUGGUCGCUGUGUGUUGCGGUGAUACUGCAUAAAAAAAAGAAAAACAACCAAGAAAUAAUAUCUAUCGAGGUCGAGUGUCCCAAAGUCUAGCAGGCAGAAAGAAAAACACAUUUUGUGCACAAAAUGAUAAAUGAUAUGGAGACUGAUAAAAUAUUGGAUGAUACGAAUUCGCUAACACAGGAACCAUUCACCACCAUAUUGUACGAUCCAGCCCGCAAAAAGGAACCGUCAUUGACAUUUCAAAAGGAACGUGAUUCGUGUCUCGAAUACUUUUCCACAUGGAACGAAUCCGAUCAAGUGGAUUUCGUCGAGCAACUGCUGUCGCGAAUGUGUCACUAUCAGCACGGCCACAUCAAUUCCUAUCUGAGACCAAUGCUACAAAGAGAUUUCAUAUCUCUGCUACCCAAAAAAGGUCUGGACCACAUUGCCGAAAAUAUUCUGUCGUACUUAGAUGCCGAAUCACUGAAAUCGGCCGAAUUAGUUUGUAAAGAAUGGUUGCGUGUCAUUUUCGAGGGCAUGCUGUGGAAGAAACUAAUUGAACGAAAAGUGCGAACGGACACACUGUGGCGUGGCCUGGCCGAGCGUCGAGAAUGGAUUCAGUAUUUAUUUAAACCGCGACCGGGCUCCAAUCAUCCAUCACAUUCGUUCUAUCGGAAAUUGUUUCCUAAAAUUAUUGACGACAUCGAUCGCAUCGAAAAUAACUGGCGUUCCGGUUCACACAUGCUGAAGCGAAUAAAUUGUAGGUCUGAAAAUUCAAAGGGUGUCUACUGCCUGCAGUACGACGACCACAAAAUCGUGUCCGGUCUGAGAGAUAAUACAAUUAAAAUAUGGGAACGCAGUGAUCUAAAGUGUGUGAAAACGUUAAUGGGCCAUACCGGCUCGGUGCUGUGCUUACAGUACGAUGACAAAGUCAUAAUUAGUGGCUCUAGCGAUUCAACGGUACGUGUUUGGGAUGUUUCGACGGCCGAAAUGGUUCACACAAUUAUUCAUCAUAGCGAGGCUGUGUUACAUUUACGAUUCAACAACGGAAUGAUGGUGACGUGUUCAAAGGAUCGUUCAAUAGCUGUGUGGGAUAUGACAUCGCCAACCGAAAUUACGUUACGGCGUGUACUGGUCGGCCACAGGGCUGCUGUGAAUGUGGUAGACUUUGACGAAAAGUAUAUUGUGUCAGCGUCCGGCGAUCGAACGAUAAAGGUGUGGAACACUUCGUCCUGUGAAUUCUUGCGCACAUUGAACGGUCACAAGCGAGGCAUCGCAUGCUUACAAUAUCGUGAUAGAUUAGUGGUUAGUGGCAGUUCGGAUAAUACAAUUAGAUUAUGGGACAUUGAAUGCGGUGCCUGUUUACGUAUACUGGAAGGACACGAGGAGCUUGUACGUUGCAUUCGUUUUGAUUCAAAACGUAUUGUGAGCGGUGCUUAUGACGGCAAAAUCAAAGUUUGGGAUUUAGUGGCGGCCCUAGAUCCACGAGCACAAGCUAGUGCUCUGUGCAUAAAGACUUUAGUGGAACAUACCGGACGUGUAUUUCGACUUCAAUUUGACGAAUUCCAAAUUGUGAGCAGUUCACACGACGACACAAUUCUGAUAUGGGACUUUCUGAACAGUGCGCCGAAAGAAGAUACCAGCAGACGAAGUCCAUCACUGUUAGAGUGAUGGAACACUGACGAAGCUGGUUUCAUCUCAGCAGACAUCAUUUGAAUAGGAAAGAGACAAAAUAAAACAUUUAAUUUAUCAAAACUAAACUAUUUAAAAUGCUACACCGUUCAACCAAUUUUGAUAAUCUGAAAAUCCGUUAAAAAAAAUCAUCUCGUGGACAUAGACGUAAACCGGUUACUAAAAGCAGUAACGAAAAACAAACAAAUUUAUAUAAAAUUAAGCGCUGCGUUGUUGCAACAUAAUUAAAAAAAAAAAAAAAACAAAAACAAAAACAUAAAAACGGAUAAUCUAAAUUGAUCUCAUCCACACAUUAUAUAGUAGCAAUCGACAACAGAUUCCUUUUUCGAAAUUUUAAAUUUUAACAAAAACAAAAAAAAAAUGAAACGCAAAAAUUUAGUAUAAAUCAAUUGUAAAGGCGGCAU